CGGCCCUGAGCGGCAGAGACGGCAAUAGGCAGGAAUGAGUGAGAGCCAGAGCUGAACUAGUGCACGGCGUAAUUCCUGCUCUGUGAUCAGACACUCCAAGUGAAAAAACCGGGAGAGGGGGCAGAGAGAGGCAGUGACCGGCUCAGCCUUUGCAACCGGCUCAGGACAGAACGUCUAUAGAUAUUUAUAGAUACUAAAACAAAAACAACAACCUCACCCUGAAUAGAGCCUUUCUUAAAAAGAAGGUCCUGGCAAUUCUAUCUUAUUUAAGCAAUUUCCUGAGUCUAAGAAUAGAAAUGAGCUGCCUGGAAGGCACUGCGGGCUGAAAUUUGGAGACAUAGGCUGCUUUAUUUUAUUUUUCUAAAUAUACAAACCUUUCGUUUGGAUACUGGAUUUUUGUGUGGGUCUUUGCAGCGGAGGGAUGUAUGGUUACUUUUAAUUCUACUUUUUUUUUUUUUUCCCUCUUCAUUAAAAAAAAGCUUUCCAGUUAAAGAGCAAGGGAGCUGUUUUACCUGCGUGUGACAAUCCCAGAGGACACCGAUCAAGAAACAGGGGAGUGACUUGGUCUUCUGCACUACUUUACUCCUACCCCCAUUUUUUUUUUUUUUUAGGGGGAGGGAAGGAUUUUUCCAAUCCAGGAACCUCUUGCCCCCAAGUUUUGGAAGGGGGUUGAAGAACUGUCACCCAUCUGGGGGUGCAUGAAGGGUGUUGCUUUUCUUUCUCUGUCACCUUGGUUUUGUGGAGGUCUGGAAGAGAACUUUGCCUGGGAGAAGAGGAUGGUCUGGAAGUGGCUGGGCGCCCUGCUGCUGUUCCCGGUGCAGAUGCUGUAUCUGGUGGUGAAGGCUGCCGUGUGCCUGGUGCUGCCGCCCAAGCUGCGGGACCUGUCCCGGGAGAACGUGCUGGUCACCGGCGGGGGCCGCGGCAUCGGCCGGCACCUGGCCCGGGAGUUCGCCAGGAGAGGAGCCAGGAAGAUCAUCCUGUGGGGUCGGACUGAGAAGUGCCUGAAGGAGACCACGGAGGAGAUCAGGAUGAUGGGGACAGAGUGCCACUACUUCAUCUGCGACGUUGGGAACCGCGAGGAAGUCUAUCGGCAGGCCAAGGCCGUGAGGGAAAAGGUGGGUGACAUCACCAUCCUGGUGAACAAUGCUGCUGUGGUUCAUGGGAAGAGCCUGAUGGACAGCGACGACGAUGCCCUGCUCAAAUCCCAGCACAUAAACACCCUGGGACAGUUCUGGACCACCAAAGCAUUCCUGCCAAGGAUGCUGGAGCUCCAGAAUGGGCACAUUGUUUGCCUGAACUCUGUCCUGGCCUUGUCAGCCAUCCCUGGAGCCAUUGACUAUUGCACCUCCAAAGCCUCAUCCUUUGCUUUCAUGGAGAGCCUGACCCUGGGGCUGCUGGACUGUCCUGGGGUGAAUGCCACCACAGUCCUGCCCUUCCACACCAGCACAGAGAUGUUCCAGGGCAUGAGAAUCAGGUUCCCUAGUCUUUUUCCUCCUCUCAAGCCAGAGACAGUGGCGAGGAGGACGGUGGAAGCUGUUCAGAUGAAUCAAGCCUUCCUGCUCCUUCCAUGGACAAUGCACGUUCUUGUUAUCCUAAAAAGCAUUCUCCCCCAGGCAGCACUUGAAGAAAUCCACAAGUUUUCUGGGAGCUACACCUGCAUGAACACUUUCAAAGGACGAACAUAGGCUGGCACAAGGACUGUUCUGCACUGAACCCAGCACGAGCAUGAAAAUCCUACAGGACUGUGAAUCAGCAAGUCUUGGCUUCCAGCCUGUUCAUGUGACUUGUGCUGCUCUGAGGCAACACAUUUCUUGCAGGUCAUAUCCAUAGUAACAUGACCUUUGCACAGGAUUGAGUGAGUGGACUGUGGACCCUUGGAAAGACAAACAGAAAGUGUGAAAUGUUUCUAUGAUGUUUAAUUCUUUAGAGUUCAAUUGUUAAAUCUACUCAUAGUUUUAAGAUGUGAUUUUUGUUUCUUAAGUGUCUGUGGGCUGUCUCAGUGGAGAGGCAGCACAUCCAUCCCAAACACACUUUGUGCCCUCUCUCCAGGGGAGCUGCCCUGGUUUCAUUUCAGCUUUUUCAAUGGGGAACUUCAAAAUUACUAUGAAGAACUAAAAGAUAUGGACAGUUCUUCCUUCUCUUUCUUUACUUUCCAUCCCAUGAUGAAGCUGUUCCCAGCACACACUGGGGAAGGAGCAAACCAUGAAGCAAUGUUUUCUUUGCUAAAGGCCACCCAGGACUUCUCGUUCUGGGCCCAAAAAAGCUGUUGUACUUCCCCUGUGGAGGCUGGACAGGAAGGCUCAGGCAGCAGAGCUGAGAGUUUGAAUAGUGGAAGAUUCUUUCUGUCACUGAACUCAUAUGUGAAAUUGUCAUUCUGAUUUUUUUUUUGUUCAUUUCUGAUAAAAUAUAAAUAUAUUUUUAGUGUUAAUCCCAGACUGCCACACACGUAGGCAGCAGCACAUUGGGGAUGAACUAAAUCUAGAACUAAAACUAGAGCCUGCUUGUACAAACAUACAUUCACUGACAUAAUCCAUGCAGAGGAAAAUCCAUUGUAUCAAUCUGCACAGUGAAGUGGAAUAAUGCUCUAAGAGACACUACUGUUGUGCUCAUGAGAUGUGAAAUUUGGGACCACAUUUAGAGAACACCUGAUUAAAUGCAUUUUGAAUUCAUCUGGAAAUAAACCCAUUGUGCUUUAGGGACAUUGAAUCAGGCACUGAUCAGCCAAAAGUGAUAAAUAUGCUUGGACUCAGGUGCCAGAAGCAGCUAGACAUUAUUUAUUUUUGUAGUGAAAUAUUCUCUUGGACAGCCUAGGAAGGGCAACACUGCAUUCCUGUGCAAAAUGCAGUGAGCAGCACAUUGGAGCACUACUAACAGAGAAAUUAAUAUAAUUGCAAUAGAGGAAGUAGCAAGUCCAACUGGAGACACCUGAAUGAAGUGCCUCAGGGGUGGAUGUGUGAUUAAAGGAGUGAAUUUAGGGCUCCUGACUCGAAUUUCAAGCUUUUCUGUAGAUGUCCUGUGUGGCUUGGGGCAAAAUGAAUCACCUGAAGGAGCACCCUGACCUGCAAAGCAGAUAUUCCUGGUGUUUCCCUACCUCAAAAUUGCAAGUCUGACUACCUAAAUGUCUGUCAAAAGCUCAGCAAACUCAAAUGCAGCAUGUUCUAGGAAGGAAAAGCAGUAUCUGUUCAUAGACCAAGAGGUUCUACACAAAAGUUUAGAUGAGGAAAAAACCCAUAUGCCACAAUAUAUCAUCUCCUAAAAGACUUCUGAGGUACAGCAGAAAAGCUGUGAGCUGUGUUUAAAAUACUUCUUUAAUGGAGAUCUGCUACUGAGAUGCAAAGGUGUGAGUGUUGAAAUCAGGCCUUACUGCAGACCUUUGGAUUUCUCCUUUCUGGAGCUCUCCAAGAGGAAGGUGCUGCCAGAAAGUGCCACUGCUGAAGUCCCUCUGCCUGGGUGAGUGUUUGGAGGGGCUCUCCUGCCUGGGUCAGUGCAGAACUAUAACCUGGAGCACUGUGACACCUCUGAACAUGUUUCUUAAAAUGCAGUUUUCCUUGGAAUUCCUGGAUGUCUGAGGCUCUCUGGAGAGGAUGAAAAGAAACUUCAAUCUCUGUCAUUUUGAGACCACCCUAAUAUAUGCUUCCAGCUUUAUUUUUUGUCUUUUUUUUUUUUUUUUUUUGAGAAGCCCA